AUGUCGGAGAACCUCCUGAAAGCUAUGGCUAUGAUACGAUGUAUAGGACAGGGAUAUAGCGGUAUAUUUAAAUCAAUGAUACCAGGGCUAACCAAAUGGCCCGCAACUCACAGCUUGCUUAACCCUAAGCCUAAUCUUGCUAAAAUUAUUUGGAUGAUAGGCCAGGGUUUGGGGGUUGACAUGUGUGGCCUCAGGCCUAUGCUAUUAUCAGCAUCAGAAGUCAAGUCCAUGAAAUUGCCUUCAAUUAUAUUAGAGGCCGAGCGAUCGGCAAUAGAUCCUAAUGAUAGGGAAACCGACGCUUCAGUCUAUCUCAGCGUCUGA